AUGCGCACAACGUUAUUAUUACCAAUUGCCCUCUCGGGCCUGGCCAGCGCCCACGGCAGCCACAGCCAAAAGCCCAUUGUCGGCGCCGAUGCCAGCUGGAUGGAAAGGCACAUGGCCGAGGAACACCACAUCGAUUCCUGGGACGCGGGCGCCUUCUUCGCCCUCCACGACUACAACUCCGAUGGCGCAUGGCAAGGCGAGGAAAUCAUGCGAACUUACGGCUUAAUGGACCCCUCCAACAAGGACAUGUCGCACGACAAAAAGCUCGACGUCCUGCAGCACCUCAUGGGAUUGCUGGACACGGACCACGACGGAGAAGUUUCAGGCAGAGAGUUCAAGCAAUUUAUCGAUCGCGGCAACACGUUGCCGGACAUGGGUACCGGGCCCGGCCACCAUGGCGACGACGAGUACGAGUACGAGAUCCACCAUUGGGAGAAGUAUCACGAUGAGAAUACGAAGCUGGAGGAUCUGACGCAUCCGGAGGAUAUCGAGCAUUUUAAACACCAUGAGGCGAUGGAGUUGGCCGAGGAAGCUCAGGCGGCUAUGGACAAGAAGUCAAUUAUCGAGGAGAAUAUCCCGGCCAAGUUUCGAAGACAAUGA